AUGGUACGACCAGCAGGACCUGGAGCAGGGUUAACGGGGACUAUUGAGACUUUGCAGAACCAGGUGGAGUCUCUGUCAGGGCAGGUGGAGCAACUUCGCUCCAUGGAGCAACUGCGGGUCAGGAGGGAGAAGAGAGAGCGACGCAAGACCAUCCACUCAUUCCCUUGCCUGAGGGAGCUUUGCACAGCACCCAGGUAUGAGGAUGAGUUUGUAGUGGGCAGGGCUGAAAGUUUUACUAUGGAAGCCAAACGUCAGCCAUUUGAAGAAGAGAACCAGCACCUGAGGGAGGCGGUGUCGGCUCUGAGAGCUGCUGUCCGGGCCGAGAGGAGUCGCAGGGAAGGGGUGGAGAGGGAGUGCAACCUCCUGAUAUCGGAGUUCUCCCGGCUGCAGACACGAGUGCAGGAUGCUGAGAGCUGCCAGGCGAGAGUGCGGGAGCUGGAGGUGGAGCUGCAGGAGCUGCAGCAGCUGCGACGAGCUCGAACUUUCCUUCUGAGCAGUGAGGAUGAUGGCGUGGCUCUUACCCAGACUGUCCUCAGUAUCACCCCGGAGACCGACACCUUUUUGGAAGUGGAGGUCGGGGAGACGGGAGGAGGCGUCAGGGAGGAGACCGCGGGUGGAGGAGGUGUUGGAGGUGAGGCGUUACCCGAUUCCAGUCCUGUGAGGAAAAGCUGCAGCGACACGGCGCUCAAUGCCAUCGUGGCCCGGGAUGCGUCCGGCAGAAGGAGAGGCAGCUACGCUCUGCACGCCAAUAGCGUGAGGAAAAGAGGGAUGUCCAUCCUAAGAGAGGUGGAUGAGCAGUACCACGCCCUGCUGGAGAAGUACGAGGAGCUGUUGGGGAAGUGUCGACGACACGAAGAGAGCCUGUUCUACAUUACUGAGUGCACUCAAACCUAUAGCUGGCCAGUUGCCUUGCUAGCAGGUCAAAAGCAGAGAUGA